GUGAGACUUAUUCUUUCAUGUGUCUCGAAGGUUUAACGCGUCUUUAUCUAGAAUGUUGUUUAAUUUCUUCUAUGUAAGCUACGUCGUGUGAUAACGAUUAAAAUUGUAUGAUUUGUAUUUUCAUAUUUUUUAUACAUACAUACUCGUAUAAUUUCAUGGGUAAAACGAAUCCAAGAUGACAACGAUCACGGAAAUCACAUGCGAAAAAUGCCUACGUCCAUUGAUACCUUCAGGUCCAGCGAGUCAGCCGCAAGGAAUCUCAACGUAUGGUUUUUUUAUCAGCAAAUGCAAGCAUUUCUACCGUAAAAGCUGCAUCAGUGAACUGUACAAUACCCCGACGUCGGCCAAUUCGAAAGAACCGCAUAGCUUCAUCUGUCAAAGUCAGAAUUGUGCCACUCUGGUAAAAUAUAAUGAAAUUUUUACCAUAGCUCCUUCAUUACAAACCAGAACAAUUCAUUCUGCAGGCUCAACAAUGCCUGAUGAGAAUUUAAAACCAACUACGGAAAUCGUAUGCGAAAAAUGUCUACACCCACUGAUAUCUCCAGGUCCAGCGAAUCAGACACCACAAAUCACAUCGUACGUGUUUUCUAUUACAAAUUGUAAGCAUUUCUACCAUCAGAGCUGCAUCAGAGACCUGUAUAAUACCCCGAUGACGUCGCCCAAUUCGGAAGAACCGUUCAUCUUCAUAUGUCAAAAUCAGAAGUGUGCCGCUCCGGUAAAGCAUGAUCAGAUUUUCACCAUAGUUCCUACCUUACAAAGUAGAAAAAUUGAUUCUGUGACGAACGAUGAGUCAUCUGAACCACAAGCACCAAGUUACGCCAAUGCUGCGACUCGAACCUCAAAACGUACUGCCGAACAACCAAUGAAAACCAUAACACAACACCUGUCUAUAACGUUAACUGCAGUCAACCAGACGCCCAAAACUACCAGCAGCCAAAUACCAAAACCAAAAUUAACGACAAACCAGAAUACGAGUAAUAAGGCACCUUCUCAAACAACUACGUGUACACAACCGUUUGAAAUUUCGAUAAUUCCAGCUAAAAGAAAAUCAGAUGCAAAACUACGAAAAUCGAAGCGUAAAAAUCGCUCUUCUAUUGCUCGUUUUAAUUCUCCUGGACCUAUAGAGCAAACCAAACAGCGUCACAUACGAUUCCAAAAACGAUUUAAAAUGGAUCCCGAGAUACUCGAACCGUUCUACCCUCUGAAUACUUAUCCCUUUAAGUAUACUGCGGCUGGAAUUCAGUCCUGGGAUGGAGUUGCAAAAAUCGCCAUCCUUGCGAAGGACGUACUCAUGAUCGGAGAUGGCCUUAUAUACGGUAUGGUACAGUUGAUCUCGACAGCGAUACCUUUCGAAUUCGAUUUGCAUCCAGCAUUAUACAAAAGAGAUUUGGACAUUUUAGAUUUAGUUGUCACAUUGGACUUUUUAUUUCCAAAACUGCCUCCUAGAAUCAUGCUUUCCAUCGGAAAUUGGGAUGUCUACGAUUCCAUUCGAAGUCAAGCAUUUCAUGAUAAUUUCCAAAAACUCCUUCAAAGUUUUGAAUCUCGUCGAGUCGAGGAAUUAUAUUUGAUCCCUCCAAUAAGGUACACUACUCGAGAUUCGUUAGUUGCAUUUGCGUAUGUUGUUUCUCUGUUCCAAGCUGAUAGUGGAAAUACUUUCGGCGGUAAAACUAUGGUCUUGGAUCCGCCUCCUUCAUUCAAAUAUCCCAUUGUGGACAAAGAUGGACCGAUGUUCGAACUAGAACUAUUUGAACCCUUCGUACGAUACAUACGUGAGAGAUUUAUUCCUCCAGCUCGUGAAAAUGAGACAAACGAUGAAGUAAAAUGUACUUACGAGGAUGAUAAGUUGAGUGUAUCUUAGUGUUAAGCAUGAUUAGUAGAAGUGUCGAUUUUAUGUAGGUACACUGGUACAGGUACCUUAUAUUUUGUUUAAUGUUGUUACAUCUUAUUUUAUGUAUUUUUACUUUAUACGUACCUACAAAAAUUAUUAGAGUGAGCUAUUUGUUAUUAAAAAAAAUCCAAAAAAUUCUUCUUUUUAAAAAAAUUGCAAAAAUGUUGUCGAUUUUUAUAAAAAAAUUUCAAGUCUAGGUAUUUUUUUUUUUUUUUUUUUAGAAAUUGUCCAA